AUGUCGCUCAACUUUGUCACUUUCAAUCAGGACCACAGCUGUCUUGCUGUCGGCCACUCAGGCGGUUUUCGCAUCUACCACACCGAUCCGUUUUCGAGGAUCUUCAAGGGAAAUGACGGCAAUGUCUCCAUCAUUGAGAUGCUCUUCUCGACCUCGCUGGUCGCUCUUGUUCUCUCGCCGCGGCAUCUGAUAAUAAAAAACACAAAGCGAGGGUCCAUAAUAUGCGAGCUCACGUUCCCGUCCGCCGUGCUUGCUGUGCGUCUGAACAGGAAACGGCUGGCUGUGGUGCUGGAGGAAGAGAUCUACCUAUACGACAUUUCAAACAUGGGCCUGAUCUACACCAUUGCGACGUCGCCAAACAAGAGCGCUAUCUGCGCCUUGUCGCCCUCGUCGGAGCGCUGUUACAUCGCUUACCCCGUGCCCAAACCCCGCGAAGACCAAGGCGACAAGCGGCCGCCACAUGCGCCCCCUCUUUCCACGUACGUGCCGACGACAUCCGGCGAGGUUCUCAUCUUCGACGCGGUCACUCUAAAGGCCGUCAACGUGAUCGAAGCGCACCGGUCGCCCCUCUGCUGCGUCGCCAUGAACAGCGAGGGCACGCUGCUCGCCACGGCGUCCGAGACGGGCACCAUCAUCCGCGUCUUCUCCAUCCCUAACGGCCAGAAGCUUCACCAGUUCCGCCGCGGCACCUACCCCUCGACCAUAUACAGCAUGUCCUUCAACCUCAGCUCCACCCUGCUGUGCGUCUCAUCCGCCUCAGACACAGUCCACAUCUUCCGCCUCGUCAACCCGCAGGCUGCCGGCGCCGUUUCUGCCGAGCUAGAUACAGACACGCCAGGGUCCCCUCGCACAAACCGCUGGUCCCGCUCUAGGAGCAUCGACAGCAACGACUACUCACCAGGGAGCAACGCGGACUCCCCACGGAGCAGCGAAACAAACGAUUACACCACCACCACCAUGCCGCCUACAAACGUCGGACGGAGGCAAAGCGGGACGUUUGGGAGCAUGCUGCGGCGGUCAUCACAGAUUGUGGGCCGCAGCGUGGCCGGCGCCGUCGGGUCCUACCUGCCGCAGUCGGUCACCGAGAUGUGGGAGCCGCAACGCGAUUUCGCGAGCAUCAAGAUCCCCAAGGAGAACCACAACAGUUCUGCGACGUCGGCGUCGGCCCGCGCUGAUGGCUCUUCUUCAGGCCCACUCCGUAGCGUGGUGGCCAUGAGCAGCAGCUCGCCGCAGGUCAUGGUGGUGACGAGCGACGGCGGGUUUUACGUGUACAACAUUGACUUGCAACGGGGCGGCGAGGGUGUGCUGGCGAGGAAAUACACGGUUCUGGAGGGCGACGAUAAGCUGGAUGUCUCCGGCUAUGGACUUGGAGGGCCAUAG